GGCCGGUUCCCGACUUCCGGUUCCGCCGGGACCCGGAGGCCAGACCGACUAAUGGCGGCGUCCAUGGAAAAGGCCACCGGGGGCGUUGAAGAGGCCGCGACAGAAGAGGAACCGCGAAUUCUGGAACCCGGGGCAGCCCCGUUUGGAAACUUCCCUCAUUAUUCCCGCUUCCAUCCUCCAGAAGAACGGCUCCGCCUCCUGCCCCCGGAGCUGCUUCGCCGGCUCUUUCCUCAGAGUUCCGAAACGAGGCCGAUCCUGGGGCUCGACGUGGGGUGUAACUCUGGGGAUCUGAGUGUGGCUCUAUACAAACACUUCCUUUCCCUACGUGAUGGGGAGACCUGCUCAGAUGCCUCAAGAGAACUCCACCUACUCUGCUGCGACAUAGAUCCAGUCCUGGUGGAGCGAGCUGAAAAAGAAUGCCCUUUUCCUGAUGCCCUGACCUUUAUCACCCUGGACUUUAUGAAUCAAAGGACCCGGAAAGUUCUCUUGAGCUCUUUCUUAAGCCAAUUUGGACGUUCAGUUUUUGACAUUGGCUUCUGCAUGUCAGUAACCAUGUGGAUUCAUCUGAACCACGGGGACCAUGGCCUGUGGGAGUUCUUGGCCCACCUUUCCUCCCUUUGCCGCUACCUCCUUGUGGAGCCACAGCCCUGGAAGUGUUACCGGGCAGCUGCACGGCGUCUCCGGAAGCUGGGUCUUCAUGAUUUUGACCACUUCCGUUCCCUUACCAUCCGAGGUGAUAUGGCCAGUGAGAUUGUGCAGAUCUUAACCCAGGACCAUGGCAUGGAAUUAGUUUGCUGCUUUGGCAACACCAGCUGGGACCGAAGCCUUCUGCUCUUCAGGGCAAAAGAAACAGAGACUCAUCCAAUUCCUGAAUUACUGACAGAGGAAGGGAAAGAAAGGAAUAGAUUAGGCUACUGGAGACAGUGAGAUGGGACGGUGGGAAGACCAGGAAAGAGGUAUUGAAAGGGCGUUUUACUAAGAAUUAAGUUAACUUAAUUCAUGAUUGUGAGGCAGCCUCAAAAGGUGGCAGAUUUUG